AUGACGUGGGAAAACUGGACAAUUGUCAGUGAGUUCAUUCUUGUGAGCUUUUCAACCUUGUCCUCUGAGCUACAAGCUCUAUUGUUUCUCCUUUUUUUGACUAUUUGCCUGGUUACCCUAAUGGGCAAUGUUCUCAUCAUCCUGGUCACUACAGCUGACUCUUCUCUACAAAAUCCUAUGUACUUCUUCCUCAGGAAUUUGUCCUUCCUGGAAAUAGGCUUCAACUUGGUCAUUGUGCCCAAGAUGCUGGGGACUCUGAUCAUCCAAGACACAGCCAUCUCCUUCUUUGGCUGUGCCACUCAGAUGUAUUUCUUCUUCUUCUUUGGGGCUGCUGAGUGCUGCCUCCUGGCCACAAUGGCAUGUGACCGCUAUGUGGCCAUCUGUGACCCUUUGCACUACCCAAUCAUUAUGAGCCGCAGGGCCUGUGCCCAGCUAGCAGCUGCCUGCUGGUUCUCAGGGUUUCCAGUGGCCACCGUGCAAACCACAUGGAUUUUCAGCUUCCCUUUUUGUGGCUCCAACAGAGUGAACCACUUUUUCUGUGACAGCCCACCUGUCAUUGCCCUCGUGUGUGCUGAUACCUCUCUGUUUGAACUGGAGGCUCUGACAGCCACUGUCUUAUUCAUUCUCUUCCCUUUCUUGCUGAUCCUGGGGUCUUAUGUCCGGAUCCUCUCCACUGUCUUCAGGAUGCCCUCAGCUGAGGGGAAACACAAGGCCUUCUCCACCUGCUCCUCCCAACUCCUGGUUGUCUCCCUCUUCUAUAGCACUGCGAUCCUCACAUACUUCCGACCCCGAUCCAGCACCUCUCCUGAGAGCAAGAAACUGCUAUCUCUCUCCUACACAGUGGUGACUCCCGUGUUGAACCCUAUCAUCUACAGCUUAAGGAAUAGUGAAGUGAAGGCUGCACUGAGGCGAGUCAUCCACAGGACCCUGGGCCCUCAGAAACUAUGA